GAUGUUAGGAUGUUAUACGGGAAAUUGUUGAAAAAUGAGUGACGGGAAGUUCUCACUUGCUCCGCUUCGGUCGUUCUCUGAUUUUCAUGGUGACAGCUCGUGUUACAGUUGGCCACACUCUUCCGACUCUCAACGGUUGCAGUCACGAAUAGUGAAGAAUCUGCUAUAUUAUCAGACAAAUUACAUCUUGUGGUCUAUCGUACUGUUGACUUUUUUCUGGAUAAAAUUCCCGUAUUCAGUUUCUGUUGGUUGCUUGGCAUUCAUCGGUUCUGUGAUUGCCAUUGGAUACUUGGGAGCACACGCUCAGCAGGGUUCGAAACAAAAGACACGUGGUUGGGCAGUCAUACUCGCUGCCAUUGGUUUUCUAUUCAUCAUUCUCUAUUGUCUUGGAGCCAUUCUGGUAUUCUUUCUUGCAGUGGGCUCUCCGUGUUUGAGUGUUCUCUUACAUGCUUCAGUAAGAAAGAGAAAUUUCAAGAACAAGCUAGCCAACAAAGUUGAGACAUUGGGCUUCAAGUCGACUCCAGCAGGGGUGUUGCUACAUGCUUUAGGAAUGAUGGAUAACUAAUAGAACUAGAACUGACGAUGGGUAGAACUAAUAGAACUUUAUGAUGGAUAACUAAUAACUAAUAGAAAUCAACAUUGUUGUCAAUAAACUCAUUAAAUAGGUCAUUCCUGCUAUACACUAUAUGUCAGGUGACUCUUAAGGGUUUCCUUCAACUGCAUUCUUGUUAGAUUGCAGAAUCAGAAUCCUAC